AUGCCCAUGCCAGGUUAUGUAUUCAAGGAUGGAGGCCCUAUUCCAGACUCCGACCUCAAGCACCCCCAACAUGAGGCCAAUCACACCCCGGGCGCCCAGCCAAACAUGGAACCUACAACGCGUACCUCCACCAUCUCCAGCAGCCCCAACAAUGGCACCGUCGUAAAUACCCCCACAUCAUCGAGUGCUGUCCAGCAGAACCACGAAGCGGGCGAGGUUCGCGAUAUGGGUUGGAAUGACCAUCCGACAAAUGUGCCCUCGCCUCUGGUGGCUAAGCUGCCGAAUGAAGAGCUCUGGACGCUAGUGCGUCGGUUCAAUAAGCAAAUGUAUCAUGUCAAGGCCACGAGUGAUCCCUUGUUGGGCGGCUUGGAUUUAAAUAUUGUGGACGAGGAUGAGUUCAGUCCGGAUAAGCUGAGGAGUAAUGUUGAGAGGCUGUAUAUGACUGUGAUUAUUGGGAUGAUGGGGUUUGGGAAACAUAUCGCACGCUUGAGGAGCUGGAGAGAGCCGAGGAGGACCGCUGGGUUUUGCGCGGCUUACGCCAUUGCUUGGGCUUUCAACUUCCUGAUGCCCUUGUUGUUUACGACUAUAAUUGUCCUCAUCGCAUACCCGCCGUCGCGCCCAUUCUUAUUUCCUCCUGUUCCUAUGGCUUUGGUCAAUUCAAAGACUGGAGGUGUCCAGACUCCUCAAGCUGGCAUGCUAGGCAGUAAGGAUAGCGCCACUGGGGCACCUGAGAAACACAAGGGAGAGGCAGUCGAGCAAGAAGCGCACAAUUUCGUCUCUGGCAUCGGAUCCAUCGCCCUCAGCAGCGCGGCAGGCAAACACGACCAAGGCGAUCCGGACUCAGACCCGUUGAAUGAUUCGGUCCCUGAUCCAACCAACAUUGCCUCAGACGCAGCGGCGGCCAAGCAAAGUGCGCAAGGAAACCAACCGCAGGCUCAUCACGACAAGACGAAGCAGCCGAUGGAGCAGGCGAUGUGGUUGAAGAUGAGGCCGGUUAUGCAUGUCAUUGGUGACGUUGCAGAUGGUUGGGAGAGAUUCGCAAACGCCCUAUCACCCACUCCUCCCUUUCCCCAGGAGACGCCUAGACUCAAGUUAGCCGGCAUCCUAGUUCCGGCUGUCGCUGUUGGGAUGCUCACCACCUCUGCCAUGUUCAUGAAAAUGACCACCGCGGGUAUCGGCUUUGGUUUCUUUGGUGAUCCACUCAUCUGGCGUGGUCUCGAUUUACUGAACAAGACUUUCCCGCACUGGCAGAAGUUGCUUGAGAUCAGAAACACCAUCCUCAAAGGCGUCCCGACAAAUGCCCAGCUCACAAUCACCCUCCUCCGUAUCGGCGAAGCGAACAAAGCUCCCAUUCCCCCACCUCCUCGCUCAGACCAACCUCCAUCCUCCAAGCCCGCUUCCAUAAACGGAGACGAUCUAGCCCUCGAUGCCUCAAACGAAGAAAUUCACGAGGCAAUACACAAAGACGCCGACCAAAAAGCCGCCGAACAGCAAGAUGAGCAUCACGAAGGAGAGAAGAAGAAACACAAACACGGCCAACACAUCCUCGGUUUCUUCAAAGGCACCACUAAAACGGGCGUAGAGGCUAAAUUCGGCAUCGACAAAGCACGCGCUGUCGUUGGCUCUCGGCACGCUAAAGACCACCUCGGCGUCCUCCCCAAAACCGACGACCCCGAACUGUCCGGUCCCGUCGACUUCAAGGGACGCUACAAGGGCAGCAAAGGCUGGAUAUACAUCUCCACCAACGUCGGUAUCCCUACCGUCUCCUUCUCCACCAAGUCCUCCGACGGCACCGGUCUGGAACCCGAAAAGGCAUCGGCGAAGUUCUCGGUGCCGAUCGCGGACAUUAGAGAAUUGAAGAAAGUGGGCGGGUUGGGCUGGAAGGCGAAAAUCGUCGUCGGGUGGGCGACGGGCAAGACGGUGGCGGAUGGGCUGGAGGUUGUGGACAAGAGGGGGGAAACGCACAAGGUUACGGCGGUACGGCUGAGGGAGGAGCUGUUCAAUCGGCUGGUGGCUAUGGGCGGGCAGAAGUGGGAGAGCUGGUGA